AUGGUCCACUUCUUGCACCCCGGCCUGUUGUGCCGGACCCUCAUCCUGCCGGACGCGGGCACGGAUGCCCAGGGCUGCUGCGUGGUGCAGGAGGAGGCAUCUCCCUACUCUCUGGUCACUAUCUGCUUGAACACCCUCGUUGCUAACCUGGAGAAAUUGUGUUCCAAGAGACCUGAUGGGACCCUGUGCCUUCCGGAGCAUUGGAGUUUCCCUCAGGAACUGGCUGAUCGAUUUCUUGGAAUGCUGGCUUCAGAAGGCAAGCUGACUGACAAAACAGCGAGCAUUUUCCAAGGCGACCAGAUGAAACUCAAGCUGGCCAAUAUCCAAAAAGCAAAACUGUCUCCAGCUGCAUUCCUCAAAGCCUUCUGCCAUCACAAGCUCAUUGAACUGGAUGCCACGGCCGUGCACACAGACCUUCCAAUCCAAGACAUCAUCAGUGGGCUGUGCAGCAACAUCUGGAUCCAGAAGAACCUUCAGUGUCUCCUGUUGGACUCCACAGGAAUCUCUGAUGAUUCAAGAAAGCUCUUCUUUGGUCAGCUCACUGGUCUCCGAGUUUUAAGUGUUUUCAAUGUUGGCUUUCGUAAUGAAGACCUAGCUAAUGUCUCCCGGUUACCAAGACUGGAGAGCUUGGAUAUAUCCAAUACCCUGGUCACCAACAUUUCUGCUCUCCGCGCCUGUAAGAAUCAACUGAAAUCUCUCACCAUGCACCAUCUGAAAUGCCUGACCAUGACCAAACCACACAUUCUCGCUGUCCUCAGAGAACUGAGAUGCCUGCUUCACCUGGAUAUUUCUCACCACAGCCAGCUCAACUCAGACCUUGCUUUUCAUUUGCUACAGCAGAAGGACAUCCUACCCAAUCUCGUGUCGCUGGAUGUUUCAGGGGGCAAUGGCAUCACCGACCGAGAUGUAGAACUGUUUAUUCGGCAGCGGCCGGCGAUGCACUUUGUGGGAUUGCUGGCUACGGAUGCUGGCGCUUCUGACUUCUUCACGACAAAGCAAGGCUUGCAGGUUGCUGGAGGAGCCAAUUUGAGUCAGAUUGCAGAAGCACUGAGCAGAUAUCGGAACAGGGCGUGUUUCAUGAAGGAAGCCCUGUACAGACUCUUCACAGAGACCUUUUCAAUGCAGAUAACCAUGCCUGCUAUUUUAAAGCUUGUGACGGUGGGAAUGCGGAAUCACCCGUUGGAUUUGCCGGUGCAGUUCACAGCCAGCGCCUGUGCCCUCAACCUGACGCGCCAGGGGUUGGCCCGGGGGAUGCCUGUCCGGCUGUUGUCGGACCUCACUGAUCUGCUCUUCAAGGCCCUGAGAAAUUUUCCUCAUUACCAGCAGUUACAGAAGAAUUGUCUACUCUCCUUAACUAAUUCCAGGAUUCUUGUGGAUGUUCCAUUCGACAGAUUUGAUGCUGCCAGGUUUGUAGUGAAGUGGCUCUGUAAUCACGGGAACCCCAAGAUGCAAACCAUGGCGGUGAGCAUCACCUCGAUUCUGGCCCUGCAGCUCUCGCCCAAACAGACUGCACAGCUGAAGGACGAACUCUUCGUGGCCAUCAAGGAACUUCUAGCAAUAGUGAAACAGAAGAUAACUGAGAAUUUAGAUGAUGCCACCCUCUUGUUUACUUUGAAAGCACUUUGGAACCUCACGGAUGACUGUCCAGCCAUCUGCAAGCACUUUAUUAAAAAUGAAGGCUUGGCCAUCUUCAUUCAAGUUUUGGAGACAUUUUCAGAGUCGGCAAUACAAAGCAAAGUUCUUGGCCUUUUGAACAAUGUUGCUGAAGUCAAAGAGCUCUCUUCUGAGAUGGUGACGACAGAUGUGGUGAAGCACCUCAGCAGCUUGCUCCACAGCAAGGAAAUGGAGAUCAGCUUCUUGGCGGCAGGCCUUAUCGCCCACCUGACCUCUGUGCAGGAGCCGUGGGCGUCGGACGACCUUCAGAGGCACGCUCUUCUUCGGGAUCUGCAUGCAACCAUCCAGAAUUGGCCAAGUUCAAAUUGUAGCAUGACAGCACUGGUGACCUACAGGUCCUUCAAGGCGUUUUUCCCGCUCCUUGGCAGCUUUUCUCAGCCAGAGGUCCAGCUCUGGGCACUCUGGGCCAUGCAUCAUGUCUGCAGUAAAAACCCCAGCAAAUAUUGCCGAAUGUUGGUUGAAGAAGGAGGGUUGCCGUUUGUGUGUGACAUCCAGGAGCACACGGCUGCAGAGCCCCAGGCACGGCAGAUGGCAGCCGCCAUUCUGAAUGACUUCAGGAUGCAUUUCACCAGCUAUCAGAGAGCCCCUCUCCAGCAGUUGUCUUUAACCUGAGGGAUUUUGUAAUGCUUUGUGCUCACCAGGGUUCCGUCUUUCUGCCCGACCACCAAUUGAAGCCGAGACUUGUUCUCCUCCAAGUUUGAGUUAGCCCCUUCCUUGGCUGUCUGUUAUCUUCUUUAAGUUACAUAAAGAUCACGUUUGUAUGUUAAAGCUA